AUGACGGCAGGGCAGUCUUUAGGUGACCUGCUGCCCUGGGCACGCGGCCAGGGGGUCGUAACAGACGGCAUUGAGGCGGCACAGCUUCCUGGCCGUGGUGCAGGCAUCGUCGCAAAACGCCACUUACGGGCAGGAGAGGCCAUCCUGAAGGUCCCAUUUGGCGCGGUACGCUGCCUCGACACCGUACCCAACGGCAUCCGGGACGCAUUGCCAGAGAAAUGGACCAUCCACAGUCUGCUCGCCCUUGACCUGGCUCUCAACCACAUAGCCAAGCCAACACCGUGGAACGCCAUCUUGCCUUCCCUCGAGAGUCUAGAAGAGUGCGUACCGCUGCUGUGGCCGAGCGACCUCCAGGCGCUUCUUCCUGGGCCGGCCCUGUCUUUGCUUGGCCAGCAACAGGCUAGGCUUCGGACGCAAUGGGAUUUGAUCCCCGAAAAGUUCACAGCACUCCAGCACGAAGACUACCUGCGCAUGUGGUUCUUGAUCAACAGCAGAACCUUUUACAACUCGACGCCCACUACGGAGACAUACCCCUGGGAGGACAGGCUGGCACUUCUUCCAGUCGCCGAUCUCUUCAAUCACGCCGAUACAGGCUGUGAAGUGACAUUCAACAGCAAGAGGUACAAGGUCACCACAGAUCGGGCGUAUCGCGCUGGAGAGGAAUUAUACAUCUCGUACGGAGAUCACUCAAACGACUUUCUGCUAGUAGAAUACGGCUUUAUCCUCGCCGAGAACCAGUGGGAUGAGGUCUGUAUUGAUGACGCGAUUUUGCCUCACCUGAGCAACGAACACAAGGCGGAGUUGGGAGAGAAGGGGCUCCUAGGCAAUUAUGUCCUGCGGUCUAGGGAGGGUGCUUGUCGUAGGACAGAGUCUGCGGUGCGUUUGAGGUGUUACACCGCGGAACAGUGGGUGGCAUUUGCCGAGGAUGGCGUCGAGGUCCCUGACGCUCAAGACGACGUCAACAAGCUGCUUAGCGAGCUGCUUCAGAGCUAUAUCGCCACCAUACAAACUGUGAUCGGAAAGUUGGAGAGGAUGAAAAUCGGCAAAUCUGCCCAGCGCCGACUACUUAUUCAAAGAUGGGAGCAAAUCCGCCUUACGAUUGGAAGAACCAUCGACCGUCUGCAGACCACCAAGACUUGA